ACUCACUGCCGUCGCAGGGGCGCGGACACGCGCACCAACACUGCUCGUCUUCAUCCUAUCGCCGUCCCCGAUCUCCAUCCAUCUCUCUCCGACUCCUCCCGCCACCUUCAUCAUCGAUCCCCGGGCUUAUCUUUCCCCCACGUCACUCAAGAACGCCGCGACACCUCGAUCCUUUGGCCUCUAGCAUCUCCGACCCACCAGCACACAUAUAAAUCGCGUCGCCCGGCGGCAAGGAAGGCAUACUCGUCGACAGAGGAACCGGAAAGAGAGGGACAGAGGUGAGAUCGAAGGAUUCGGAGCUCGUCGGAGCUCUCUCUCCUGGACCGUCCGCGAUCGUACUACAUGGGGAUGCAACAGUCGACGGCGAAUGCGUCCGGCGACGGCGCCAAGAGGGCCCUCCGCCGGCUGCCGCACGUGUACAGCAAGGUGCUCGAGCUGCCGCUCCCGGUGGACGCUGACGUCAGGGCGUUCGAGGGCACCACCGCGCUCCACUUCUUCGCGGCCUGCGGCCCCAUGGGCGAGGUGAGGGCGCGCCUUGUGAAGAUUUACCCCGGGGUCGUCAAGGUGGUGGUGGUGCACUCUGGGACCGGAGACGACGAGGAUGGCGACGACAUGGAGCUUGACAGGUGGAGGUACCGGCUGCCUGAAGACUGUUGCCCGGAGCUGGCUAUGGCCGGCUACGUCGACGGACAGCUUAUCGUGACGGUGCCCAAGGGCCGCGACGAAGGCGGCGACGGGGCUCGGAAGUGCUGCAAUGGAGCAGCAGGGGAGAUUGGUGGGAAGCUCGUGGCCGUGCAAUAAAACCAGUGGGGUACUAGUGACCGAGUGUGAGCUCCAUAAUUGCUCAUUUAGUCUGAGUCUAUCUGGUAUUCUGGUUACUCCUUGCCAUUUGUUUUUUCUUUUUCCAUAAAGAUGGGCGCUUCGUGUUCUGCUCCUUCCUGAUUUGAGGAAGAGAACUGCUUCAUAAAACUACCUCCCUGCUGAAGGACAGCUAGUGCAAAGUUUGUACAAACUCCUUGGUUUCCAUGGAAUCAAAUGUGAAUGCAGAUGAAAUUGUGGGAAAAA